UUCUUUCCAUUUUUUGCUAUUUACUUUGCUCUGCAUGUGUAAUAGUUCUUCACUUGUCACUAACACUGAGUGGAAAAAGUUCCUUUAUCUUUCAUUUUUGUAGCCCCAUCAAACCCACUUUUUAUUUUCCUUUCCUUUCUCUGGAAACAAUCAGAAACGGUCCCUGCCCUUAUCUUGGCUUACUUGUUAGUGCUAUUUUGCUUGUUGCUAACAUUAAGAUGGCCUACCACUUCAGUUUUCUGUGGGGAAAUGAUAUGAACUCUUGAGAAAACUUGGCCAUUGGCCAAACAAUUUCACUCAAUACUCAAAACAUAGCCUGUUAGCUUUCUUACUUUGUUUCAUUUGAAAGAAUAUGUAUAGGGGAAGACAAUAUCUUAGGAACUGUUUGUUUAUUUGUAUAUGGCGAUUUUAACUGGAGCAGGGCUUCUUGAUUCUGUUCUGAUGUAUCCUUAAUUCUAGUUUGCAUUCUGUUUUAUUUACUGAUGGAAAAGUGUAGAUCAAGAUAAUGAUUCUUUUUUGUUCUUUUUUUAUAUUUGGGAAGACAAUCUGUUUUGUGCUCUUUAGUAAAAGUGGUUCCAUUUUGGGUACUCCUUUUUCUUUUAUCACUGAGAACCAUGGUUAAUCAUUCACCAUGCCGACAGGGUAAUCAACAAGAUUAGUAUCACGGGAGAAAAAGGCUGAUCGGCAUGGAGCAGGGGAGGCUGUUCUUGGAACAAUUGUCCUUGAAUUAUUUUCAGCUGUUGGUCAUGCAAACGAGGGCUUUCUGUUAAACACUCAUAAACAGGACUUCAGCAAUGGGAACAAAGCAUAUACAGUCUAAUUCUAGCAUGGUGGGAAAAGUCUCAAAGAGCCACAAAAUGAUGUGUAAAGCUGUUGAUAGGCCUAGCAAAGACCUUCAUCAGCCAUCUCCUAAAAGUUUGGUGACUGCAUCAUCAAAUAAGCUAGAUCCAACAGCAUCCCCAACAGUAGCUUGUUGCAGAAUUCGAAGAUUUUGUACUUAUAAAAGCUGUACGGAGUAUGGCCAACAUAAUGAGAUCAGCCUGAAAUUGAUUCAGAAGAAUGGAGUAGCCGAGCCAUUUUCGAGUAAGAAGUUUGUUCGUGUGGCUGACAAACAGUGUAAACAACUAUUAGAUGCAUUGGGAAUUUUCAACUCAAAUAAGGAAUUGUUUGUAAAUCUACUACAGGACCCAAAUUCUCUGUUAACUAAACAUAUCGAAGACUCCAGUGAUUCACAGAUGAGAACUUUCUUUGAUAGCAGUUUGUCAGAAAAUAAGAUAAGAGAAGCGGAGGAAUAUAAGGAGAGUGCCUAUAGUCAAAACCUGAAGCCCUGUGAGGAAAGUGAUGAUUCUCUAUCCUUGGAAAGAAUAGUUGUAUUAAAGCCCAAUCGAACGUGCUCGUUACGUGCGGCUAUGGGAAUCGAUUAUGGCUCCUCUCCCGAAUCUCGUUCUAGUUUAGUAAAGAACGUCCAGAGUGACAAGGGAACUCUUUUUUCUUUUAGACAAAUAAAGAGGAAGAUGAAGCAAGCAAUGAGAGUUGGGAGAAAAGAAGGUGAAUGCCUAUCAGCUAAUGGUAUGUCCAAGAAGACUCCAAAAGAUGAUGUUAAACUGAAAGUUAUGGAGGCAGCUGAUAGAGGAGUAUCUAGUUCUUUUCAAGAUUCCUUAAAAAGAGACCAACUAGACAAGACAUUUUACUCUAGAAAUGGAGACAAGACAGCUUCAACCAGUGAAAGUACUGACAAAAUGGUUGGCCCGUCAGCUGUUACUGACAAACUCAAACGACCGAAAUCUAAGAAGCAUGAAGGCGACCAAGAGGGUUCGAGAAAAAUGAAAGCAAAGCCAUGGGGGUGGGUGAUGUGCUUUUCUGAUGAUGACAUAUUGCCAUCAAGUCAUUUGAGAUAUUCCCAUGUUAGCAAUAAGAAAUUUGUUUAUCAGAAGAAGUCAAAGCCUCAGAAUGACGAGGAACAAAGUUGCAAAACCCCAAUUAUUGAAGGGUCUGUGAAGAUCGUUAAAGACAUUGCUACUAUACACCAGGAAAGAGAUGGUUUUUGUGAAGCAUCAUCUGGAUCUGAUAACAACUCCAAGACCGGUUUUUGUCAGAGAAUCAGCAAGAUCGAUGGCUUUGGAGAGAACGUAAAUCUCGAGCUCUCCAAACCGAACUUGCCUUUGGAGGUUCAACCAUCAGCUUUUUCAGUAGCUACACUUCCAUCCAGUUCAUCAAGAUUGCAGACAAUUGAAGAUCUUGAUGGUUUGUGUGAUAGAAAACUGCAGCCUCUAUCAGAAACCAUCCACGACCAACUUUUGGCAGAAGCUGCCUCUACUAAUCUUACUUCCACCUCAGGAACAGCUGAGGAUUGGCAAGGUACUGGUUUGGCAAGGUUGCAAGAGCUUCUAAAUCCUGCCAUAUCUUCCUUUGAUUGUUGUGGCUCCAUCUCUCACUGUGUUCUUGAGCUGCUGCAAGUCUCCAAACAGAAUUGGAAUGAACUGUCAUUGGAUUGUCAGUCUUCAGCUUGGCUGCAGACAUCAUUUACUGACAAAGUGAAAAUGUUUAGUAGCCAGUUAUGUGGUGAUUGUGUGCUGCUUUUCGACUAUUUUAAUGAAGUUCUUGAGGAUGUUUUCCACUGUUAUAUUAGAUGUUCCCCAUGGUUAUCACCUUAUAAGGCACACAUCCAAGCACCCAAUAAGGAGAGUGCUUUCUAUCAUGAGGUUAUGCAACAUUUGGACUGGCCACUUUUGCAGCAGCACCCACCACAAACACUGAACCAUCUUUGUUUAAGAGACUUGAGAUCUAGAACAUGGAUCAAUUGUUCAACUGAAACUGAAGACAUUGUUACCAUUAUAGCUGAAUCAGUUUUGAAAGAAUUAAUCAUUGAAAGUGUUGUUUAUCUUGGUCUGUGAAGCUUUCCUUUGCCAUUAUACAUCUUUAUCUCUGCAAAUUCUGGAUAAACUUGUAUAUUCGAGAUCAUGAGCCAUGAUUGUUAGGAAACUGUGUAAUUCUUUGGCCUGAUUCUAUCAAGCAUUUGAUUUGUAUAGUUGAGUUUCAGUUAUAUCUAUGGACAUCAACCGAUUUUCUUUUA